AUGAAACUAACAACGCAUCAGAUCCCGGAAGACACAAGCUCGACAGCGAGUUUCGAAGAUGUCACGGCCAUCAGGGCUGCUGAUAGAGCUUCUCCUUUUAUCAAGGACUUGCUCGCUCUGGCUCCUAAGAGCAAAGUCUUUCAAGAUGGCGAAGUUCCUCCCAUCCUGUACGUUGUCCAGUACCGGGACGUAGGCGGGCGCCUCGUGGACACACGCCAGAGUGACCGGCCUAUCGAUGUGUCCACUGAGAGCAUUGAAAUCGACCCAGACUCGAACGAGAAGCCUGUCCUCGAAAUCCGCACCAAGGUCUCUGCCUAUGUCAAGCGGCCCACCCGCGGACCUCGCCCUGUUCACAACAUGGACUAUUACUCGGAGGAUUCUUGUUCGGACUCGGAAGACGAGCAAGAUGAGCUCAACAUUGCCAAGGAAGAGAAGACGGAGAUGAUUAUCCAUUCUGCUCAUCUCAAGCAUGCUCUGAAUGCCGUUGUUGCUUAUUAUCCGGGCGUCGAAUUCGCCGAUGGCAGGAUCGAGGCGCCCUACAAGAUCCUGAUCCAUCACCGCCAGGCCCUUGCGGCUUAUGCAUACAAUCAGCCCGUUAGCCACAGUCAAGCUUACAAGGAGACGACAACGGAACAUAUCAACGUUCUUUUGGCCUUCCUUGAGGAGAUGUUUGGCGAGAAAAUCCGCCAGGAAGAGCAGCUGCACAAGAACCACACUCCCACAGCAACCUUCCAGUGGCUGUGGUACAUUCUGAAGCCGGGCGAGGUUGUCUAUCACAAAGACCAUGAUGAAUGGGUGCCAUUUGUUAUCAGCAGCGUCUCUCCAGUCCUCGUGGGCAACGACAGGAGGCUCGAGUCCUUUUCCGUGGCCUGCUGGAAUAUUGAAUUCCAAAGUAACAAACUCCGGCGAGAGAUGAAGUCCUUCAGCGUGCGCAACUUCCCUGGCGAACGGGCUAUUCAAACGCUGCCCAUUGUCCCUGCAGCCUUCUUCCCUGAGGAUUUGGAGCAGCAAGGCGGCUUGACAAUGAAGGAGAAGCAAGUUCAACUAGGCAAGCUUUAUUGGGAGCUGGUCCAGAAGCCAGCUUACAAGGAGUAUGAUGGCCAGUUGGUGGAUCAGGAUGGCGGUGCUACGGGCCAUUUCAAAGGGCGCCUCAUUGUCGAUGCUGAGGGCUACGAACGCUUCAACUUCAACGGACCUGACAGGUUCCGAGAGAGGCGGCCUGGCCGUCCGCCUCCGCUCCCUGGACACGGGCUCAUUACCAACCCUCCGAAAGACUACCUGCCUCUGUCCAAGCCUCGAUGCUCUUGCAUGGCUUGCAGCCGGGAAGACCGAGAAGAGAAGAGCCCCCUUGCCAACUUUGAGGACCUCGACCCGUUGAAGAGCGAGCCUCCAAAGAACGACCUCUACUAUCUCGUGUGCUCCAACGAAAUCCCUGCAUUCCUUCUCUCAGAGCGACGCUGGAGCUACAUCUCGAUUGCUCUUCUCCAAGACGUCAAGCCCGACCGGGAGGCCUUCAAGUACCUCGUCCUCGACGACGACAUCAAGCUCACCGUCAAGGCCCUCAUUGGCAAGUUCGCCUCGGCCGACGGCAAGGUCUCGCCCUGGCCGCGCGACAUUGUCAAGAACAAGGGCGAGGGCCGCAUCUUCCUGCUGCACGGGUCCCCCGGCGUCGGCAAGACGUGCACGGCCGAGUGCGUCGCCGAGCUGACGCACCGCCCCUUGCUGUCGCUGACCUCGGGCGACAUCAGCACCAACAUGUCGGCCAAGUCGGUCGAGGGCAACCUCAACUACUUCCUGCAGCUGGGCGAGCGGUACGGCGCCCUCGUGCUGCUCGACGAGGCCGACGUCUACCUCGAGCAGCGCCGCACAAAGGACCUGCACCGCAACGGCCUCGUCUCCAUCUUCCUGCGCGCCCUCGAGUACUACCGCGGCGUGCUCUUCCUGACGACCAACCGCGUCGAGGCCUUCGACAGCGCCUUCACGAGCCGCAUCCACGUCGCGCUGCACUACCGCCGCCUCAGCGACGCCGACCGCCUGCGCAUCUGGAACAACAACAUCGAGCGCCUCGAGCGCGACUCGGCCGGCCGCGUCUUCGUCUCGCGCUCGGCGCGCGACUUUGCCGUCGACAGCGCCGACGUGCAGGCCCUGCGCUGGAACGGCCGCGAGAUCCGCAACGGCCUGCAGACGGCCGUGGCGCUGGCCGAGUCCGAGGCCCUCGAGGACGGCGCCGAGCGGGUGCUGGUCACCGACGCCCACCUCAACGCCGUGGUCAAGAUGAGCAAGGGGUUCAAGGACUUCCUGCGCCGGCGACGCAGAGAGUAUGGCACCGAGAGCGAUGUAGAUGAUGAGGAAGACGAUGAGGACGAUGGCAUCAGUUCCUCGUUCGAGGAUGAUUGA